UGGAUAUGAUAUCUGAUAUUUCGAGCUACUGGCCGUUCGAUUUUGUGAAAUCGAUGGUUGCUCUUUGUCAUGGAUAAUGUGAUAGAUUUCUUCCCUGUCCUUUAUGGUCCCAUUGCGUCCCCCAUGGGUGACUCACCCGAUUAACCUGAUAAGCAGAAAAAGAAUCUACAUAUAUUCCUAUAAUAAUCUUGUCCACAAAAUCUAUUGUCGCUGCUGUGUGGCCACAUGGUCCGUUUCAGAAGGGUGACAAUCUUCUGAAUUACUUAGACAAUUUUGCCCUUACGAGCCCGGACCUGCCCUGACCCACCCUGACCAGCCUUGAACCCAAACAAUCCUUAGGCGCACUGGGUUGGAUUUUUCAUGCCCAAGGCCAGGGUAUUUCUCCCACGUUUUUUUAUUUUUUUACUAACAUUCUUUUUAUCUCAGGAUUGGUUGGACGUGGACCCCACCAGAUACGAUGGUCACGUCAAUACAUCUACAAUUGAGUUGAGUGACCAAACGGUUAUGAAUCAUAUGAUAGAUGAGUCCCACUCCGACUAACGGUGUAGAUUUCCAUUCCCAUGGAUAGGUAUAUUAGGUCACCCUACGAUGACAGUUUUGGCGUUGGAAGAGGAAGUUAGAAGUAGUUGCAGUUAGGUUUUGAAUUUGCAACGGUUGGUCGCUUGGUACAUCCAACCCCUCUACUCUUUCCCUCUCCAACGUAGUAGUGAAACCAAAAUGCCAACGUCUCCAAUUUCUUGUUCUAUCGUUACACGUACAGAGACCCCAAAUAUGGUCUUCACUACAAGUUACCUCCUUCUGUUUAUGUUUAAAUCCCACCAAUUGAGUCCCUCUUAAGAGAUCAACCACAACACAACCUUCUUUACUUUGCUAAUUUAGGUGCUCUAGUUAGCUUGGCAUCCCACAAAAUGGAUUCAGCAGAAAUGAGGCUCAUGGGUUUGAUAACAAUCUUGCUCUUCCUAGGAAUUGCAACUGAGCUUGGCUCUUGCAAAGUAGUACAGUUCAUCUUUGGUGAUUCCCUUUCCGACGUCGGUAAUAACAAAUACCUCUCUAGGAGUUUAGCAACAGCCAAUCUACCGUGGUAUGGAAUCGAUUUCGGAAAUGGACUGCCUAAUGGGAGGUUUACUAAUGGCCGUACUGUGGCUGACAUUAUUGGUGAUAAAACAGGUCUCCCAAGACCACCUGCAUUCAUGGAUCCAUCCUUGGAUGAGGACAUGAUACUGUCAAAUGGAGUUAAUUAUGCCUCUGGAGGUGCUGGGAUCUUGAAUGAAACUGGUAGCCUCUUUAUUCAAAGGUUUCCAUUCUUUAGGCAAAUUGAGUUGUUUCAAGGAACACAAGAUCUAAUAAGGAAUAAAAUUGGUGCAAAAGAGGCUGACAAGUUCUUCCAAGAAUCUCGUUAUGUGGUCGCCAUGGGGAGCAAUGAUUUCAUUAACAACUACUUGAUGCCUACUUAUAGUGAUUCAUGGACAUACUCUGAUGAUGGUUUUAUCAACUACUUGAUGACAACAUUAGAUCAACAACUAAAGCUAUUGCACAGCUUAGGUGCUCGACAAUUGAUAGUAUUUGGGCUAGCACCCAUGGGUUGUAUCCCUCUACAACGCGUUCUAGGCUUAACUGGGAACUGCCAGGACAAAACUAAUAAACUGGCUAUCAAAUUCAAUGAUGCUGCAGCAAAGCUUAUAGAAAACUUGUCAGGCAACCUUCCAAAUGCGAGCUUCAUAUUUGGGAAUGCUUACAAUGUAGUUGAAGAUGUUAUUAACAACCCUCAUAAAUAUGGUUUCAGUAAUUCAGACUCCCCAUGUUGCUCAUUUGGAAGGAUCAGACCUGCUCUGACUUGUAUCCCUGCUUCAACAUUGUGCUCUGAUAGAAGCAAAUAUGUGUUUUGGGAUGAGUAUCAUCCUUCAGAUAGAGCAAAUGAGAUGAUGGCUAAUGAGAUCAUCACUAAACUCAUAAGUCAAACAAAUCCUCCUUCAAAAGCACCAACUCAUGCUCCUGCUCCUGCUCAUGCUCAUGCUCAUGCUCCUGCUCCUGCUCCUGCUCUUUCUCAUGCUCUUGCCCCUGCUCCUGCCCCCCUUGGAUGAAUAGAUAUAUAUGAUUGAGUGUGGCAGCAUUUAAAGCUGCAAAUUUCUGAUACUCUUAAGAGGGUGUAUCUUGUUUCGGUAUUCCAGCGAGUUAAAUAUGGAUUUUAUUGUUAUUCAGGUGUACAACAUCACUUUUUUCUAAUGUAAUUGAUAAAAAUGUCUUCUUGAAAUAUGGUACAAAAUAUGGGAUUAU